CCGUGUGCGAACAUAACUGAUCAUUUGUCGUGCUGCGUCAGUGAACGUACAGGCAAAUAUCAACGGAAGUUCUCAACUUUUUACUGUUUAAAGACGUAUUAUCUAACGUUCUAAACCUUCAAUAAUACAAUGGCUCUGUCAAGACCUCGCCAGAACUUCCACCAAGAGAGUGAAGCCGGAAUAAACAGGCAAAUCAACAUGGAACUCUAUGCAAGUUACGUGUACCAGUCUAUGGCUUACUACUUUGAUCGAGAUGAUGUGGCGCUGAAGGGUUUCAGUAACUUCUUCAAGAAGUCAUCUGAUGAAGAGCGUGAACAUGCAGAAAAGUUCAUGAAAUAUCAGAACCAGCGUGGAGGCCGUAUUGUGCUUCAGCCCAUUCAGAAACCAGACAGAGAUGAGUGGGGUAGUGGUCUAGAAGCAAUGGAGUCAGCCCUCGCACUGGAGAAAACAGUGAACCAGUCUCUCCUUGACCUUCACAAGGUUGCCGGCGACCAUGGGGAUGCUCAGAUGACUGACUUCCUGGAGGGCAACUACCUUGAGGAGCAAGUUGAGGCCAUUAAGGAAAUCUCAGAUCGCAUCACGAAUCUCAAGCGUGUCGGCUCCGGCCUGGGAGAAUGGCAGUAUGACAAAGAACUGCAGUAACCAUGUCAACAGCAUCCACAGCAAGCACUGUGUUAACAUUGGACUUUCUUUUUUGUUCUUUUCUGCUAGCUUUAAAGUUAUACUGAUAGUUUCAAAGAUGCAAGUUUUAACAUGUUGAGACUUAAAAAUGGCUUUAAUUUCUGUUGAAUCCUACUAAAUAAGUAAUAAAAAGGCUUUAAAACAAAA